AUGCAAGACUCUACAGCAGAAUCGCAACGGCAACAAUGGACGGCACCGGGCGAUAUCUUCUCCGUGUUACUGAUCCUAGGGGGUGAUGUUGUGCAGCUGGCACUUGCCAGCCUCGCGGGCGGAUAUCUCACGCCAUUGACCUUUUCCUUCGGCUCAGUUGCCUACGCAAUCUCGGCUGUGCUCUCGGCGAUUGGAGAGAACCGCCUCAUGAGAUGUCCGCCGGAAGUAUCGCUGCAGAUCAUCAAUCUCAAGUCCGGCUACCGAAGAGCCAACCAGUCAUGGGUCCUGGGACGAUUGUUCCAGACGUAUACUUUCUGGAUGCCCAAAGAUGUGGCAGAAAAGGCCAACAACGUGUGUGCCUUCAAGGUUCCUGCCGACGAGGAAGCUAGAUCCAGCACGACGGACAUGCAAAUACACCGAGCUGCCCUCUGCAUCGCGAUAUAUAACUGGUCUGAUAGCCGAUCGGUCGGUAUCCCCUCACGGGACUGGGUGUGGUGGAGCGGCGUGGCCAUGACGGCCAUACAGCUAGGAAUUAGUGCCAUUCCCCUUGGUGUAGAAGGCGACUGGUCUAUUUUGCUCGUAACGGCAGCCGGCAACAUAUUAUCAUACGCCUCCGGAUCGCUCCCGCAAUGGCGGCGGGAGAAAUGGGACGCCCAAAAGCUGAAUGCCGAGAAACAGGUUGCCUUGACACGUGGGAAUGGCUCACAUCAUGUUAUCAUCGUGCACGGGCUGAGGGGCGAGCUGGACUUGGAAGCCCUGGCAGCUGGAUGGACUUCCGACAUGACGUCUACACGAUUCUUUACUUUCGUCCUCGCCAUAAUGUGGCUGGCUCUUCUGAUAACGAGCACUGGCAUCAAAACAAACACGUGGUAUCUGCUUGCUAUAGGGGGUUUAGGGAUGCUUCACAAUCUCUUAGUUGCUGGCACCCCGCGAUAUCCGCCGUCGCUUGGCCUUCCAAUAGAGCUUGUGAAGAUAUCAUCAGAGCACGGUGAAAUCCCUGCAGUCUUUGGCGAGGAAAAGGUCAUGUGGACACUGAUGGAAUUGGAACAGAAGUAUGAAAAUCACGGGCGGUCACUUCUCGAGGAGUUCUUUCCUGGUAGGCUCAACGAAUGGGAAGAGAAGUGGUGGGCGGAAUCGGACCCGCUGAAAAGACACAGGCUGUUAAAGGAAACGAAACGCCGUGUUAAUCAGUCUAACACUGAAGCUAUAAAAGCCCCAGCUCAUAUGAAUGUCAGUUAA